AUGUCUGGUAUUCAAUCCUAUGUCCAAGGCUCUAAACGUCAAAAAGAACAUGUUUAUGCAGAACUAAAAUGUGGAGCACUUUUUAUUUACGAAUCCGAUCAUUUGCCUCAAGAAGAAUGCAAAGUUAUCAUACCUGUACAUAACUAUGUUGUGAGUCUUUAUCCUGAAAAAACUCACCAAGAACAUGAAAUUUAUGGAAAGUCAGUCGCUAUUAGACUCAAACCUAAAUCAGAUACUGUAAGAGACAUCCCUCUAGAUCAUCACCAUGAUGAUAUUCCUCCUUAUUUCACAACAAAUAAUGAACUUUACAUUACGUGUGCUCGACCUAUUGACAAAGAAGACUGGUACUUUGGGUUGUUAGCAGCAUCCAAUAUGAUGGAGUCACCAAAUGCAGUCCAUGUCGAAAUGAUGGAUAUGACCCACUUUAACCCUGCCGCUAUGCAAGCUUUAAUUAGUACUGUGCAACAAGACGCCGAAUACCGCGAAGUGCAAUGGUUAAAUGCAAUUUUAGGAAGAUUAUUUCUGGGCCUUUACAAGACAGAAGAUAUGCUGCAAAAAGUGAAGCGACCUAGCUUCCUGGGUGAGAUCACAGUGCAACAUGUAGACAUUGGUGAAUCGAUCCCUUAUGUGACGCAACCCAAACUACUUUCAUUGACGCCUGAAGGCGAUCUUUUGGCCGAAGGGACCAUUACAUAUGCAGGUGGCCUCCGUGUUGUAAUACAAACUGAUUUUACUUGGACAUAUUCUUCUUUAAUGAAACCCAUUCGUGUGCCUCUGGUGCUUUCUGUUAUGCUUAAACAGAUGUCUGGUAAACUCUUGAUGAAAAUUAAACCUCCUCCAAGCAAUCGGUAUUGGGUUGGGUUUUAUGAAAUGCCUAUCAUGGAUUGGGAAAUUACGCCUAUUGUGUCUGAUAAACAAAUUCGGUUAUCCAUGGUAUCUAAUGCUAUCCAGUCCAAGAUUCGUGAAUUCAUGAUGGAAAAUAUUGUAUUGCCUAAUAUGGACGAUUUUCCCUUUUGUCCCUCACAAGGGAAAGGCGGCAUCUUUGGCGAGCGGGUGCCAAAACCUAGUUCCCCUAAACUAUCACCUUGUUCUGUCUUGCCUUCUGGUAUUGAGUUAGACAUGCUUGGUAACAAGCUGCCCCCUAAAGUGGUUAUCACUCCUCAUGCUCAAAAGAAUGAGCUACUAUUGCCUAAGCUAAGGGCUGGGUCUACUGGUACAUUGGAAGUAUCUUUGUCUGCACAAACACCGACUUCUCGAUUACGUGGUUAUUCUAAUCCAGCAAGCCUUAAUCGCCCAAUGGAUAGUGAUUCAGAUGAUUCUCCUCUAGAUACUGUCAUUGCUAAAGAAAUAAGACGGGCUUCUACUUCUUCUGUACUUACAACAUCUGCAAGCCAUCAUCUAUCUUUGCCUGAAGUGAAAUAUCGUAAACGGCGACAAUCUUUUGAAGAAAGAGACAAGCUUGCGCCUGUCAGUCGAUUUAAAGAAGACAUGUCAACCGCAGUACCUGAACCACUAUUACAUCAUCCCGAAGCCGACAGCUCCGAUUCACACUCGACCAUGACAACAGCGUCAUCCAUCAAGUCCAAAUCCAGCCAUAACAACCUACUAGCCAAAUUUAAUAAUGUCAGCAAACUCUCUCACAAACCUAAAAAGAACGCAUUGUAUAAUAUGGCAGGUAGUUUGUUUAAUAAAAAGAAAGUGUCCAAAGAAGUGAGAGAAGAGCGAAAUAGAGAGCUGCAAGAAUCACACAACAGGAAGAUGACACAGUUAUUUACAAGUGAACAGAAGCCAUCUUCUUUUCCUCCACCCCCUCUGCCACCUCGACGAAGUGAAAACAGGCAUUCGGAGAUAGAAUCGUUAUGCUCAUUUUCAUCUUCCUCUGGUGAAAACCUCAUUUUGUGUGAUAGUCCUUCUUCUUCUUCUUCUUCAGAAAAAGAAUUAUCAGAAAAUGAUGGGCCCUUUAUGCCAGUCAAAUCAACACAGGAUAUUAUGGUUGUUCAUGAUGAUACGCCUUUGUUACCUCGUUAUCGUAAUAGCAUUCAUCAAUACCAUGAAGACCAACAUGGUCUUUCUUUAUAA